GAAAUAAAAAGAAUGGAAAAAAGAGAAACUAGAGAGGAAAGGGAGGAGGGAUCCAGAGAGGGCGUGUUGAACACUAUUUAAAACGAUGGCAUCGCCUGAUUCCUGCCAAAGACCUCCACACCUUCCUUUAGACUCACAGCAAGAAUCACACAACUCUGCCAACAUGGCCAAACUCCUGCAGUUGUUGGGAUCCAUCAAGGGCAUCUUUGCUCAAUAUGCCGGAAAAGACGGAGACGGCAGGAGUCUCAGCAAAAGGGAACUUAGUGAACUGCUGCGUGAGGAGUUUGGCAUUACAGGAUCGGCCAACAAAAAGGAAUUGGACGACUUCUUCGACACGCUGGACCAGGACAAGGACAAUGUGGUCGACUACAAUGAAUUUCUCACAUUUAUGGUGACUUUGGUGGCAAUUAUGGAUGCCUAACAGGUUCUUCUUUCUCUGAAUAAAACUUUAGAAUGUGCGCUAAUUGUACUUUCACCUAUGAGACUGUAUUUGGCAACUCUGAUUUAAAUGUUUAGACCAAAUAUGUUAUACCAACACACUUUUCUCUACAAUUUGCCUCUGAAUUAAAAAACAAAUCUGAA